AAAGUGUUCACUAUAUUAAGUUGCAUUAAACAAUAACAAUAUGAAAAGAAAAACAAGUGAAAUCUGGUGCUUCUUUCGGGCAGUUGAUGACACAUUUGCCCUGUGUAACAUAUGCAAGGCCAAGUUGUCCUACAAAACGACAACAACCAAUUUAAGUAAACACAUGAACAGAAUGCACCCAAACGCAAAUGUUUCGGGAUCGGCACAGAAUCGCAAGUAUAAAAUGAUGCCCCAGCUGAAUGAUCGCCAUCGAGGCAAACCUCGAAACCCUGCGCAGGAGUUAAUAUUACUUAACUUCAUAAAGAAACAUCCCGUUCUACUGCAAAAUCCUUCAUGGGACACGCGCAAUGCAUUCGAAUCGCUUUGGGACCAACUCACGUUGGAGCUAAAUGGUAGUGGACCGCCACAAAAAGACGUGGCGACUUGGAAAAAGGCUUUGAAGGACUGGAAAAGAUUUAUAAUCAAGAAAGUGGAAAAAAAUGAAAUGCACAAUAUUCCCCUAGCAACCGGUCUAAGCUCCGCAGAGGAAACUAUAGCUAGUUUGUGUCGUUUGAACGAUGAUGUCAGCCAAAUUAUAAUGAAUGCAUCCGAGGAUGACCUACAAGACAAUUCCAAUGCUACAUUUGACAUGGAAGACGUCGAAGACGUUGUGCCUGAGGAGGAAGAUCAUAGCGCUCUGCAAGAUGCUUCCGGAUUCGCCUAUGAGCCAGAAGAUUCAAAAGCCGAAAUUGAUAUUGACCCACUUUUCUUACAGAGUGGCAAAAGUUCGAAAUUUGGGGCGAGAGCCAUUAAAAAAGAACUUGAAAUAAUGACUAAACAAAUCAGUUUGGUCAGUGAUGUUGCGAGCAGUACGCAACUAGCGCUAAGUGAAUUUUGCGCGCUUUAUAAACAAAAAUUAAUUGAAAACAAGAGGCACCACUCAGUAAUUGAGCAAUUGAUGGCGGAAAAAAUAGAAUUAAAAAAAAAGCUCUUGGAAAUUGAGCAACGGAAAUUGUCGCUGAAAUGACGAGAUUUUAUCUAUCAGUUACCAAUAUAAUUUUUUGCAUAUAAUUAGAAAAUAAUUAAGGUGAAUUUCAUGAUACGCCUUUAAGUAAGUAGUUUGUAAUUCAACAUGUUGUGUCUAAAUACAAAAUGUUUUAAACCAGUCAAUUUAGUGAAGAUAAAUUUAUUUGCAUUCAUGUCAAAUCAAAAGUUGCAUUUUAUCUUAAAUUC